UGACGCGCCCCCUCCCUAUUGCAAUGUAAGAUGGUGGUUAGGAGGCACUACCGCUCUACAGAGAGGCAAUAAUAUAAAAGGAUUGGUGUUUUCACAUCAAAACACACAGGAGCAGGAAUAAACCACCCCGGAAAUAAACCAAACUAGCAGAUUUGCUAGACCCGAGCUGUUCAGAUAGCGUUUAUCUGCUGUGAAUUUGUCUUUACACAUAGACGGGCUCUCCCUCUGAACAGCGAGAACGCCUCUCUCUUCUCUCUGCGUUGUGCCAUAGGAUGUCCCACAGCCCUGAGGUCAAGGAGGACCCCAUGGAGUGCCCACUGUGCAUGGAACCAUUGGAGAUUGACGACGUCAACUUCUUCCCCUGCACCUGCGGCUAUCAGAUCUGUCGCUUCUGUUGGCAUCGCAUACGUACAGAUGAGAACGGCCUCUGUCCGGCCUGCAGAAAGCCCUACCCAGAAGACCCUGCAGUAUACAAACCUCUCUCUCAAGAGGAGCUUCAGAGGAUAAAGACCGAGAAGAAGCAGAAGCAGAACGAGCGGAAGCAGAAAAUAACAGAAAACCGCAAACACCUAUCCAGCGUGCGUGUUGUCCAGAGGAACCUGGUGUUCGCGGUUGGCCUCUCACAGAGACUCGCUGACCCCGAGGUCUUAAAAAGGCCGGAAUACUUUGGGAAGUUCGGAAAGAUCCACAAGGUGGUCAUCAAUAACAGCACUUCCUAUGCUGGCUCACAGGGUCCUAGUGCCAGUGCCUACGUCACUUACAUCAGAUCAGAGGACGCCCUUAGAGCUAUACAAUGUGUUAACAAUGUUGUAGUAGAUGGGAGAACUCUCAAGGCUUCUUUAGGUACAACAAAAUACUGCAGUUAUUUUCUAAAAAGCAUGCAGUGUCCCAAACCAGACUGCAUGUAUCUCCAUGAGCUGGGAGACGAAGCAGCCAGUUUUACAAAAGAGGAAAUGCAGGCAGGGAAACACCAAGAAUAUGAGCAGAAACUCUUACAAGAUCUCUACAAAGCAAACCCCAGCUUUCUGCAGAACUCAACAGGGGAGAAGUCAAAGAGCAAAUCGGGCACAUCACCGAGUUCCAACAGUAACAACAAAGAAGCGUGGCCUUCAUUACAAACCACAGGAAAGACACCCAAUGGGCUUCCAGAUUCCCAUGAAACUCCAUCUCUAGACGGCGGCUCAGACUCGGAAAACACAACUCCAGAUGGACUGGACACAGAGCUGGGCCUGAGUCCCAUCACCGGCCUGCCCCCCUUCAUGUCUAACUGUGACCCUGUCAGCCCAAGUAAUAAAUCUUCAGACAGCAUCGGCAUGAGUAAUGGAGAAACAUCACAACAAAUUUCUGGCAACGACUCUCCAUCGCCCCCUCCUGGCCUGAGCAAGCCAUCUUUAGUGGUGCCUAUCUGUGUAUCAGCGCUGACAGCGCGGUCACCUUUUGAAAGUGCAUCAGCUGACUCACAGUCGCUUUUUUCAGACAACAGCAACUUUCGGCAUCCUAAUCCAAUCCCAAGUGGCCUCUCCGGCUUUCCCAGUUCCCUUCACAGCAACCCAGACUGGCCCACUACCCCAGAACCACAGAGCCUCUUUACCUCAGAGACCAUACCAGUGUCAUCAUCCACAGACUGGCAAGCGGCCUUCGGCUUUGGCUCUUCGACCAAGCAACAGGACGACGACCUUGGCUUUGACCCCUUCGAUGUCACGCGCAAGGCGCUUGCUGACCUCAUCGAGAAUGAACUCCAUGUUCAAGACAAAACCUCUUUUCCCACAACAACCACAAUGUCAGCACCAGGCUUCCCCCACGGGCCUUUAUUCGGCUCGCUCCACAACGCCCCCUCUGUGAAAAGUCCUCUUCAGCCCCCUUCGUCAUCACACUUCCCCCCGAACUCCAGCCUGCCCUCGAGGGCCUUCUCCCAGGUCCCACACCGCACCGUAUACAACUCCUUUAGCUUUCCCGGCCAGACGCAGACCUCCCGUCACAGUUGGAUGGGCGGGCCCAUGUGCAAUAACCUCCCGCACUUGAAUCACACCGGCGGCCAUGGUGCCGCCCUUUCUUCUGGUGCACACCACAGCAGCUUUUUGGACUUAAAUUUGGCACCACAACAGCAGCAACAUCACAGUACGGGGCUCGGCGGUAUUUCUAUGACAGAAAACAGUAGCUCACCAGAAAGUCUAAAUAUGAAGGAGUGGCAGGACGGGCUCAGAGCGCUUUUACCCAACAUCAACAUCAACUUUGGUGGACUGCCCAGCUCUUCGUCGUCUUCAUCUUCAUCAUCAUCAUCCUCCUCCAGCAUGAAUCACACAGGCGGUAUCACACACAGCCUCAGCUGGGACGGCACAGCCAGCUGGAUGGACCCUGCCAUCAUCACAGAUGAACGACUCCGCAGACCGUUUACAUUGAUGGACAGCUACAUUACGCACUGCAAUAAAGGUAUCCCAGCUUCCUCGGGCAACAGUCUGGACUCUCUGCAGGAUGACAAUCCUCCACAUUGGCUUAAAUCCUUGCAGGCACUUACAGAGAUGGAUGUGCCUUCAAGCUCCACAGUGCCCCCCCAGCCCCCACACAGCGGUCCUUACGGCGCCCAGUUCCCCCACAGAGGUGGCUGGGCCCCUUACCCAACCACAGCCUCGGCAAACCCCGGCACUCAGUUUCACUCACCACCGCCAGGCUUCCAGAACGCCUUCAGAGCCUCGGCCCAGACCGCUACAGAUCUGCUACAGAGUGCCGGCAUGGACCGCCAUUAAGAACUGUGAAAUCUAACCCCUACCCCUUUUCACAAGAAGAUCCCACAAAUACAACAGUUGAAUCAGUAUAAACCAAUUAACAAAAUAACACGAUUAUGUAUCAAUUUCUCUGUUACUUAAUUUUUGCUGCCAUUUUAUCUUUUUCUCAAUUUGUGCUACGCUUGGUUGAGUGUUUUGCCUUGUUGCUGUUGCUGUAGCGUACCGUUCCAGCUUUCCAAGUAAGCAUAAACAAGCCAGCAGCAAAGCUGAAAUAUGUGUUCUACAGGUAUGGCCUAAAUAAACUACAGAGCUGUAAUGCAUUAACCUCUGUAUAAUCAUUUUGGGUGUCACUUGCAUACCAGUGCUCAACAAAGCGAUGUUCAAUUCCAUUGAAACAUGGAACAAAUUUAACGAAAGUGUCUUGAUUAGACAUAAGAGUCUGCCUUCAAAGCUAAACCAAAAAGAACAGGAUCUGUUCAUCAUCCGCACAACCGAGGAGCUAUUUGCUGUGAGAGUUUUUAAAGCCAUGCCACUAUAAGCAAUCAAGUGGAUAUCCAAAAAAAUAUGAAUAAUAAUAAAACAGGGCUUCAGUUUUUUGUGUGAUCAAAAGGGUACUUGACUUCCAUUAUUCCGAAGGAUCAAAGGCAUAAUGAUGAGGAAGCAAAAAGUAUAAGCACUUUUUUCAGUGGAUCUUCGGCCUUUAACUUUGUUCUACCUUUUUUCUAUCCUUGUUAAAAGGGAGAUGCAUUUUUAUGGGGUCGUAAAUGUGGUGCCCGCUCUGAAUGUGGUUAUGGUUCAUAUGGCCGUAACGUUUAAAAAUGCAACGUCUGCUGUAGAUGGUGCACUUUGUGAUGAGUUCAGCCUUGUUAGCAGACCUUUGCCUAUGACCCCUCCACCAAAUUGCCUUGUUGGUCGGGGGGUCUUCGACUUUAAUUCCGACAUUGCAGUUAACCUCUGCAUCAGAGGAUGGUACACUGCGAAAUAAAGAGGAGAGGCGGUUGCAUUGAAGAGUUGGGAAGCACUGACCCCUUCAAGUGUAGCACGUGUGGUGCCGCCAUGCGGCAUCUUACAUAGCUUUGCUUGCCUGGUGGGCAAAACAAUCUAUGUGGCCUAAUCAGUGUUUACGUUCGAACUAUGCUCCCUGAAGAAACUUGAAGGAAUGAAAGGUGUGCGAGGUUCAGGAAGUAGAUCUAUAGUUGACUUAUCAAACUGGACUGGGGCAAUGUUUUAAGUGUGAAUGCGUAGCAUAAAACUUUCCCCUGUACAACAGAGCCAGAAAUGGUUUACUUCACGUGAAUUAGAUUGCCCAGUUUUACAGAACUUGGGGUUAAAGGGUGUUUUCAAAAGAUUGCUAGAGAAAAGAAAUUGGCUCUUUUUUAACAGUUUGACUUUCGUUUACAAGGACAAUUAUGUAAUAGACCAGGUAGUGAAAUGUGAUCAUGCUGUUUGUGUCUGUAGACAUUUGUUUGCACAUUUUCCACUGGCUAAGCAAUGUGAUUGCGUUUGAUUGGUAAGUGAUGAAGAAAGCUGGAAUGGUAGCGCUACUGGGCAACAAAGGUAUUGGCAAUACACAAGGGUCUGUAUUGGGACCGUUAACAUUGUUCGUCACUUCUACUUGACCCCCCCAAACCCCUUACCUUUACAGUUCUUUUAAUGGUCUUAAUCCUGAAUCAGUUAAUGCUGACUGAUCAGUAUUCAACAGUAUUCAAGAGAAAUGAAUCAAUUAAAUCUCAAAAAGAAACCUGUGUGGUUUAACAAUGGGUUUUACACAGUGCUAAAAUGUAAGAAAAUGAAAAAGCACUAAAGGAAUUGUACCUCUCUUAUGGUCUGGAGGAAAAUAAAAACUAAAUCUUAAAUAAAUGAGAAAAUGUUUGAGCUGAAGUUA